AUGUCGGAUAUCAAAACUGUCAAAAAUUUAUCAACGGAAGAAAGCGAUUGGGAAAUAAAUUCUAGUAGUGAAAGUUCUAACGAUGAAGAUGAAGAUAACGAGGUACCCCAGCAAACUGUAUUUUUGAAGAAAACUUUCACAACUGAAACAGCUAAUCAAAAACAAACGUUGGAUAAUACUACAAAUAAAACGAUUGAUAAAUCAGAUGUUACUAGCAAAAAACUAGAUAGCGUAAAAGACAUUUCAAAUCAAACGUUGAUAACCGAAAAUAAUCCUAGCGAUAAAAAAGAUGAAACGAACCACGUGUUAAAAUACGAAAUGGACGAAAAAACAAAGUCAAACCGCGAAGUUCAAGUCACCACAACUAUCAAAAAAAUCAAAAAAGCGCCAAAAAGAUCUGACUCGGGCAAUAACUCUUCAACAAGCGUAGACAAGGAUUCUGAAGAUCACGGUGUACAAGGAGAGUCUAAUGCAAAACCAAAAAAGAAAUCGAAACUUAUCAAAUCAAAGGAUAAACCUGAAGAAAAGGUUGAAAAGGUAAAAGAAAAGAAAACUGUCAAAAAAGUAAAACAAAUAAAAAAUGUACUUGAAAAUGAUGAAAGUGCAUCAUCCGAUAAUGUAAAAGUUGUUGAAGGAAAAGACAAUAAAACAAAAAUAACUAAGAAAAAGUCUGCCAAAAUUGACGAGCAAACGGAUAAAGUAAACAAGCCUAAAAAAUCUUCAAAAAAGAGUGAAAACGCCGAAUUUAGCGGAGAGAAAAAAGUGAAAGUCAAAGGGAAAAAAAGCGAGAGCACAAAAACGAUUCCUAGUGAACCAAAAAACAAGGACGAAAAUAUAAAAGUUAAAACGAUAAAGCCUAAAAUGAAUAAUGAGAAAAGUUUGAAAUCAUUAAAUUCAGAAUCAAAUGAUAAAAGCGAAAUAGAAACUUUGAAUAAAACCGCAUUAGAAGAUACGAAAAAUGACGCAAUAAAAGUUGUUAAUGGGGUUAGUGAAAACAUAGAAAAAUGUUCAAAUUUGACAUCGAGCCCAGAUCUUGAGACGUUUAGUCAAAAUAAUAAAUAUUCUAGUUCUGAUGAAGCAAACAGUGAAGCAAAAAUUGUCAUCCCUUUGAAAACAUUGUGUCAAGAAAAUGGCGAGUCAUCGAAAAUAAUGGAAGGCGAUUGCCAUCUGGUAAUCAGUGAUGUCUACUCCAAAAAGGAAACAAAAGAAAAUGAUGUUGAUGACAAAUUACCAAAUGCAAAUGACAAAAAAAUGUCACUGGAAACCGAUUUAGAUGAAUGGAUGAAAGAUUUGUUAGCAAGACAUAACAUUAAAAGAGAAGUUCUAUCACCAACAAGACAUAACAUUAAAAGAGAAGUUCUAUCACCAACCUAUACACAAUCUUUUGGUAACGAUGAGUCAAUAGGGUCAAAUGAUACCAAAGUUGAAGAGAGUACAGAGCAAAGUGAGAUCAAUUCUAAUGGCUUUUUAAAAGACAAAUCAACAAAAUAUGAUGACAGUUUCAGAAAUGAGAAUACAUUUGAUGAUACUAUGAUUAGUCAUAUAACAAAAACAAAUUUAGAAAAUCACGAUAGAAAACAAUUUUCACAAAAGUUGGUUGACAAAGAAAUUCAAGGAAGAAUGUUCGAAACAAAGACAAGAACGAAAAAUGAGCAAGAUGAAGAAAUAAAUGAACACAAACAGAAACGAUAUGAACAUUUCUUGAGCAUUGGAGCCGAUGAAGAAAUUGAUGAUUUAAAAACCAAAAGACAAAAUGAUGAUCAAAAGAAACGAUUGAAGCAAAUACUGUCAGACGAUAUUGAUGAUAUAAUUAACAAAAUGACUGAAAAUUCUUACUGCAUCCAAAAGGAUAAUGAAUACGAGGCCAAUAAUGAAGAAGAAAGUUUUAUGACUCGCUUCAGAAGAGAAAAAUAUUCGAAAGUGUUAUCAAAGCGUAAUAAGUUAGAGCAACCGAAAUGUAGGGAAGGCCUAGAUGAAAAAAUUAAAGAAAAGUAUAAACAUGUUAGAGUUUUGGUCGAAAAGCAACAAUCAGUGGUUGACAAUUUAAAAACAUUGUCAAAAAAAUUAUCGGAGUUGGAAUCAAUGGUCGAAGAAGCAGAAUCAGAAAGCCAGGACCAAAAAGCUGUGUUUGAAAAUUUAGAAACAUCAUUAGACUCAGCAUACAGUCAAUAUGAAAGCGAUUUAAGAGAAGCUACUGAACAAACUUCACGCCAGAAAAAAUUUCAAAGUGAAAAUUUUCAAGAUGAGAUAAACACCAUUUUCAACAACACUUUGCUUUUCACAAAAAACCAAUCUUUCAAACUUGACAGCAACAAGGAAAUAAAAAAAUCUUUUCAAUCCAAUCAAAUAACAAAUCUGGUGGCUGAUGAAAGAAAUUCUCCCUCAACAAAGUCUCCAUUCGGCAUUAUAUGGGAUUUUAAUGGAGAUAUUAACAAAUCAAAGAUGAAUUACAAUGGCGAAAAUGAGAAAGUUAUGUACAACCCUAUCAAGAAGAAAUUUCAAAAUGACUUUGAAAACAUAGUCGAUGUGAAAAACAAGUCUUUAAAAAAUGAAACCGAAGACAAUAGUGAGUUGUCAGCGAACGAUUUUAUUAACAAGAUUAGAAACAAGUACGCAAUUCAGCCACUAGCAACUCCUACGAAAAAUAAUUACAACUACAACACUAGCAUUAGAAACAGUCCAUACAACAGGUCAAGCAUCAGUGAUUUCUCGCUGCUUGAAAAUAAAUAUGGCAAAUGUAAUACCGAUAGCAACAGGCAGGGCUUUGAGAGAAUUGUCAAUAAAAGGCACAGUUUGACCAAAAACUACGAUGACGACACCAAUUCUAUAAGAAGUUACUCGAGCCUGUCCAAUAAAUAUUUAAAUGAAAAAAGUUUUUCAACCAUUAGACCAACGGAAGUCCAGGCCAAAUAUGAUAAGUACAACGCACCAACAUAUCAAAGUAAAUUUCUAAGAUCAAUGCUGAACGAUUCAGUGAAUUAA